AUGUUUCCUCUUGUACAACGAUGCUGCUUCCACACACCUUUCAAACUCCAGAAGUUAACUGGUCUCAGACUACUACUGUAUGGAAAGAAUAAGAGAACUUGGUCUCUCGGCCUCCAGAGGGAUGUGUGUCUUCUUUCAAGAUCUCCAAGCCUCAAGCCAGCAUCACUAUAUGCAAUCAAGCUCCAGGCUUUUCACACCUCCCUCCCCUUCUUCAAGAAGAAAACCCCCAAAGACUCUGAGAUGAAAGACUCGGGCGUCUUGCGACGAAGUAUGAAAUUACUAAAGGAUUCUCCCAAGCCAGCCCUUUACUUAAGCCUCACAGGGCUAAUUCCAUUUGUUUCUGUGCCACUGUCAAUGGCUAUCCAAGGGACCUACUACCCAGAGCUGGCGUUUGCUCAGAUUACAUAUGGUGCUGUAACAGUCUCUUUUCUAGGAGGAAUGAGGUGGGGGUUUGCUCUUCCGGAGGACAGCCCAGCCAAGCCAGACUGGCUGAACCUGGCUAACAGUACAGUUCCUCCUCUACUUGCCUGCCAAGCCUUACUUUUUAAAGAUAUCACUCAGGGUGCAAUAGCGCUAGUAAUGGCCUUAGGGAUAGCACUACAUUACGACGUUUCCCUUCUUCCUUCUUAUCCUAGGUGGUUUAAAGUACUGAGGGUAGUGGGAACAGUGGUGAUGGUAUUAUCACUGUUAGCUACUGCAGCAUUGAAGACUAUUUCAGAGUAUCAGCAGCUACAUAAUGGCAUAAAUAAAUGGCAGAACACAAAACAAUAA